UCUCGCCCCCCUUCUUCCCCCCCCGCCCCAGCCUUCAGGGCAACAGGACGGCGGGUGGCAGCUGAAAGGAACAGCGACCGGGUCCAGGCAAGCGCAGCGGCUGCAGCACCGCCGACCUCUUCCCUCACUCCCGACGGCACAGGUAGAGUCCUGGGCUGAAAACAGUCAUGACAGCUGAAAAGACCAUUCCUAUAAUUAAUGGCAAACCAGAGGAUGCUCUGGAUCCCGAAGCCUCAAGUACCAACUUGGUCCACAGCAACGAUAAGAAAGUGCAUGAAAGAGGGCACUGGAACAACAAAAUAGAAUUUGUGCUUUCGGUGGCAGGGGAGAUUAUUGGGUUGGGAAACGUCUGGCGAUUCCCAUAUCUUUGCUACAAAAAUGGAGGAGGUGCUUUUCUCAUACCUUAUGUGAUUUUCUUUAUUUGCUGUGGAAUACCUGUGUUCUUCUUGGAAACUGCUUUGGGACAAUUCACUAGUGAAGGAGGUAUUACAUGCUGGAGAAAAGUUUGUCCAUUGUUUGAAGGUAUUGGAUAUGCAACCCAGGUUAUUGAGGCACAUUUGAAUGUUUACUAUAUCAUCAUUUUAGCAUGGGCUAUCUUUUAUCUGUUCAACUGCUUUACCACUGAGCUUCCUUGGGCAACCUGUGGGCAUGAAUGGAAUACAGAGCGCUGUGUGGAAUUUCAAAAGCUUAACAUGAGCAACUGCACUCAACAAUAUUUGCAGAAUGCUACUUCUCCAGUUAUGGAGUUUUGGGAACGCAGGGUGUUGGCUAUAUCUGAUGGAAUUGAACACAUUGGAAAUCUCCGCUGGGAGCUUGCGCUGUGUCUCUUGGCUGCCUGGACUAUCUGCUAUUUCUGCAUUUGGAAAGGAACAAAGUCAACUGGAAAGGUUGUAUAUGUAACUGCUACAUUCCCUUAUGUCAUGCUCUUGAUUCUGCUGAUUCGAGGAGUGACACUACCUGGAGCAGCUGAAGGGAUAAAAUUCUAUUUAUAUCCUGACCUGAGUCGGCUUUCUGACCCACAGGUCUGGGUGGAUGCUGGGACACAGAUAUUCUUCUCCUAUGCCAUCUGCCUGGGAUGCUUGACAGCCCUAGGGAGCUACAACAACUACCAUAACAACUGCUACAGAGACUGCAUUAUGCUCUGUUGUUUGAACAGUGGCACAAGUUUUGUGGCUGGUUUUGCCAUCUUUUCUGUCCUUGGCUUUAUGGCUUAUGAACAGGGAGUGCCCAUAGCAGAAGUUGCAGAAUCAGGACCUGGCCUUGCUUUUAUUGCUUACCCAAAAGCUGUAACAAUGAUGCCUCUUUCUCCACUGUGGGCAACUUUGUUUUUCAUGAUGCUCAUAUUCCUUGGAUUAGAUAGCCAGUUUGUCUGUGUUGAAAGUCUUGUGACAGCUGUGGUGGACAUGUAUCCAAAAGUUUUCCGGAGGGGAUACAGACGAGAGCUGUUGAUUCUUGCUCUUUCAAUUGUAUCAUUUUUCCUUGGCCUAAUAAUGUUAACAGAGGGUGGAAUGUACGUUUUCCAGCUGUUUGACUCCUAUGCAGCCAGUGGAAUGUGCCUUCUUUUUGUUGCUAUAUUUGAAUGUGUCUGCAUUGGGUGGUUUUAUGGAAGCAAUCGGUUUUAUGACAAUAUUGAAGAUAUGAUUGGAUACAGACCACUGCCAUUGAUUAAAUGGUGUUGGAAGCUCCUCACUCCUGGGAUUUGUGCAGGAAUCUUCAUCUUUUUCCUGGUGAAAUAUAAGCCACUGAAGUACAACAAUAUCUACAUAUAUCCCGAUUGGGGCUAUGGUAUUGGAUGGAUGAUGGCUCUUUCCUCCAUGGUUUGCAUUCCUUUGUGGAUCUGUAUUAAGUUGUGGAAAAUGGAAGGAACCAUCAUAGAGAGAUUCAGAAAACUGAUUGUUGCCAGUCCAGAUUUGAAAAUGAGAGGAAAGCUUGGAGCAAGUUUAUAUGCUGCUACGGUAAAUGACUAUGAUGUGAAACGGAAAGGUGAUGGCAACAUUUCAGCCAUCACAGAAAAAGAGACACACUUCUGAAAGAACUUUAUUUUGAAUAUUUUUAUAAAUAAAUAAGUAAAUAAAUAAAUAAAAUACUUCACAUAAUUAUAGGGGCCAGCUUGUUUUGCACAACUUUAUUAACAAGUUAAUUUUAAGGUGAACUUGUAUACUUGUUUAAAAGUGAUUUUUAAUUAUUAUAUAAGUAACGAUUAUAUAAAUAUAUAUAUAAAUAUAUAAAUAUCAAAAUGAAAUAGAAUUGUUUGUUAGUGAUGACUUGUAAUAUGGUGGUACCAGUACAUGUUUUAUAGAUCCUAAAAGGACCUGUAUAAUGUGUUGUAAAACUUUUAUACUUUGGUUUGUUUGUUUGUUUUUUUAAAAGGCAUGGUGUUAUAUAGCUGUACACUUUCUAAUUUGUAAACAUUUCAGACCAUUUCAGCUUCUACUGUAUGUAUAUAAAGGGGAUCACAGUGUCCUUAUAUUAAUAUCAAAGGGAAUUGUCUCAGAUGUGUAGUUUGUUUAAAUAUGUUACUUCCCAUGGGUGUUGAUCUAAAUCUUUUUCUUGACUGUUUAAUAGGUUUGCCAAAUGUCAUUAGAGUAAGUUGUCUGUCCUUAUGCUUUUCAAGUAUACGUAGCAAAGAAAUGAUACAAACUUAAAUUAACCAAGUCAGCUCUGAUAUUUGGCAGAACUCCUCUUACAGAUUUUGGAGCAAUGCCUUUCAGAACAGUCCGCUGAAUCUAAUAUUUGUUUUACAGAUUGGACCCAAUCCAGAUAACUCUGUGGCUGAAAUCCUGUUAUUUCAGCUUAUGGUACAUGAUGCUGAUGAUGUGAUCAGUCACAGUCAUUUUGUA